GAAUACGCGUGUUACAUCGACAUACAUACAACAAUAAACAUUUUACAGUGUCGACGUUGUAUUUUAUAAACACACAACGCAUUACGACCUUAUUAUCUGACUGAUAAACGUCAUAGUGUAUAAAUUUUAUUCAUCAAUAAUAUAAAUAAUAAUAAUAAUAAAGUCUGCACAAUAUAACAAAUACAAUUACGUAUAUCAAUAAAUAAAACAACGAAAUAAAAUAUUAUUUAUAUUAAUAUAUAAUUUUUAGUCCAAGUGACAGUUUUUAAAAUUCCUAAAUAUAUUUUUUUAAACAUAUAUCAAUGUACAUUUUAUGAAUUUAAAUUUUUAAAAAUAUGUAUAGGUUAAAGCACGUGUUUGUGUUGUAAUAUGUCUUCAAGAAAAUAACUAUUUUGAGUAAUAUAGAACAGCUGCAAAAGUCGUAGUUAACCCUUUUUAAGUUUGCAUACUCAAUGGAGUUGUAAAUUGUAAAUAAAAAAAAAAUAAGUUUGUGCAUUCAAGAAUUUAACAAGCAGCAAAGUAAUUGACAUAAAAAAAUAUUGUUUUAUCUUAGUAGCUGUCACGUGGAAGAAAAAGAAAAAAAAAGCGACCAUUUAUUGUAAAUACGAGGUAAAAAAAAAACAGAGUUAACUGAAGUCUUCCUGACACCUAACCUGAAGAAGGAAAUUUGAUUGAUGCAUGAACAUUUGAUUCAGAGUAGUCAAGAGUGACCAGGAUAAAUUACAACUGUAUUUUUUUAUAUAGGACAAAAAAUAUACAGAGAUAUUUAAUAUCAAAGGAAAUAAAGUGCAAGAUCAAUGUUUAAAAAUAAAUUUUUUAUCAAAAGAUUCAUCAUCAUAUGAAAUUUUUUUCAUGCCAUACGAAGACAUCUGGGAUCAUUGCCAAAAUAACUAAGUGAAAAAUAAUGCUACUAUAAAAGAAAGCCAGUAGUCUGAUUUGCAACGUGAUACAAGAUAUAUAUAGCUAGCAGAAGACGUAAGAAAUUGAUUCUUCGCCUGACUGAUUAUACCCGGAAAUUCAGAAGAUAAUUAUACAAAGCAAUCAUCAUGAUCGUCGAGGACAAACUUGAGAUGGAGGGCUUCUGGGUGAGCGGUGCAAUUAAUGCAAUAAAAGCAUUAUCGUAUUUUUACGAUUUGCUAACAUUUCCAGUUUAUCUAGUUCUACAACGUCCAUGGGAAAAACGACAAUUAUCAAGACGUGUAAAAGCUAAAGUUAUAUUAAAAUCUGAUCGUUCAAUAAUAUAUAGAAAUACUGAUCCAGUUGGUGAAAUUUAUACAAUAAUGGAACGUUUAAAAAUUGAUACAAUGGAAAAAGUAUUACGUUAUGCAGCUGAAACUCAUAAAGAUAAAUUAUGUCUUGGCACAAGACAAAUACUUGCUGAAGAAAAUGAAGUUCAACCAAAUGGAAGAGUAUUUAAAAAGUACAAGAUGGGUGAUUAUAAAUGGAAAAGUUAUACAGAAGUUGAAAAAUUAGCAUCAUCAUUUAGUCGUGGUUUAAAAGAUUUAAAUUUAACUGAAAAAAAAAAUAUUGUACUAUUUGCUGAGACACGAGCUGAAUGGAUGAUUGCAGCACAUGCAUGCUGGAAACAAGGUUUAUCACUUGUAACAAUAUAUGCAACACUUGGUGAUGAUGCAAUUGCACAUGGUAUUAAUGAAACUGAAGUUGAUACAGUUAUAACAAGUCAUGAAUUAUUGCCAAAAUUUAAACGUUUAUUAUCACAAACAUCUGAAGUUAAAAAUAUUAUAUAUAUGGAAGAUCAGCUAGUACCAUCUGAUACAACUGGUUUUAAAGAAUCAGUUAGAUUAAUACCAUUUUCAGAUGUUAUUAAAUGUGGUAAUGAAUCAAAAACAUUAUCAAUAAUACCAAAUAUUGAUGAUACAGCAAUAAUAAUGUAUACAUCUGGCUCAACUGGUGUACCAAAAGGUGUAUUAUUAUCACAUAAAAAUAUAAUAUGUACAUUAAAAGCAUUUUGUAAUGCAAUUAAAACAAAAGAUGGUGAUAUAUUUUUGGGUUUUUUACCACUUGCUCAUGUAUUUGAAUUACUUGGUGAAAGUGUUGCUAUAUUAGCUGGUGUACCAAUUGGUUAUAGUUCACCAUUAACAAUGAUUGAUUCAAGUAGUAAAAUAAUGAGAGGUUGUAAAGGUGAUGCUGCUGUAUUAAAACCAACAAUAAUGUCAGCAGUACCACUUAUACUUGAUCGUAUAUCAAAAGGUAUCAAUGAAAAAGUUAAAAAAUCUGGUCAAUUUAGACAAGCUAUAUUUCAUUUUGCAUAUGCAUAUAAAUCAAAAUGGACAAAACGUGGUUAUGAAACACCAUUAUUUGAUAAAUAUAUAUUUGGUUCAGCAAGAAAUGUACUUGGUGGACGUAUUAGAUUAAUAUUAUCUGGUGGUGCACCAUUAACACCAGAAACACAUACACAAGUUAAAAAUUGUCUUUGUGUGACUGUUACACAAGGUUAUGGAUUAACUGAAACAUGCUCAGCAGCAACUGUUAUGGAUUAUUAUGAUCGUAGUACAGGUAGAGUUGGUGCACCAGUACCUGGUUGUGAUAUUAAAUUAGAAAAUUGGGAAGAAGCUAGUUAUCGAGUUAAUGAUUUACCAAAUCCAAGAGGUGAAAUUAUUAUUGGUGGUGAUAAUGUAUCACAAGGAUAUUAUAAAAUACCAGAUAAAACAAAAGAAGAUUUUUAUUAUCAAGAUGGUAAACAGUGGUUUAAAACUGGAGAUAUUGGUGAAGUUUAUCCUGAUGGUUGCAUUAAAAUUAUUGAUCGUAAAAAAGAUUUAGUUAAAUUACAACUUGGUGAGUAUGUUUCAUUGGGAAAAGUUGAAGCUGAACUUAAAACAUGUCCACUUGUUGAAAAUAUUUGUGUUUAUGGUGACUCACACAAGUCUUAUACAGUUGCACUUGUUGUUCCUAAUCCUCAUCAUAUCGAAGAGAUUGCAAUUAAUCUUGGUAUAACAAAUGCAAGUAUCGAGGAAUUAUGUGAAAAUCCACAAAUUGAAAAAGCUGUUUUACAAGAGCUCAUUGAACAAUCAAAAAAAUCUGGACUUCAAAGAUUUGAAAUUCCUGGUGCAGUUAAACUUUGUGCAGAACAAUGGUCACCAGACAUGGGUCUAGUUACAGCUGCUUUUAAAUUAAAAAGAAAAGCUGUUCAAGAACGUUAUCAACAUGAAAUUAAUCGCAUGUACGCUUCGUGAUGUCACGCUCAUUGUGACAAAUGCAAAAUUUGCUUAAAUAAAAAAAAGUAAAAACGAAAGAAAAAAAUAAUUAUAUAUUUUACAAAUCGACAUAAAAAAAAAAAAAAUAGAUAAAGAGAAAGAAUUAAAAAAAAAAAAAGAAUUAUAUCCUGAAGUCAUAAUAGACGCUGUUGAAAAACCGUAAUAAUAUUUAUUAAAUGACAAAAAUAAAAUUCAUAUUUAGCACAAAAUGUUAAACAGCAGUUGUAAUGGUACUAUUUUUACAGACACUGUUUAACUUUCAAUAAAUAUUAUUACGGUUCUUUUUAUUUCAAUUAUAACGUAUAAUCGUAAAUCCAAUUAUCAAAGAAAAACAUUUUUAUUGACAUCUGAUGUUAUGAUAAUAUCAGAAAUAAUAUUUUUAAUAUAAUAUUGAAUUGACUCUACAGCGCACAUUUUAUUUUUAUUUUUUACUUUUUAAAAAAAAGUUUCAAACUUCCAUUUUAUUAUAAAUAUUUUAGUUGUCUUCCUUUGAGUGGAGAAAAAAAAAAUAUUCAUAAUAAAUCAUCGAGAGUCAUUGAUGAUGGAAAUUAUCACUUUAUUUUUUAAAAUAGUUAUAGCUAUUGCUAUUGUUAUAUAAAAAAAUCACCGAAUAGAAUUGACUGUAUAAAAAAAAAAAAACAAAAAACAAAGUAAUACCUCUAAUAAUUAUUUGAAAUAUUUUUUAAUAAAUUUUUUGAUUGUUUUGUUGAUUGUAAAACGGAGGAUAAACUUGAUUUUUGUAUGAAAUAAAAAUAGAGUUGUCAUAAUGCUCAAAAAAAAUUUGAUCAUAAUUGUUGUGAACUAUUGUAAAUUAAAUGUUUUUAAAAAAAAUAUAUAUAUUGUAUAAGUAUAUUUAUAUAAAGACUACAAACAUCGAUAAAAUAAUUGCUAAUGUCGUGAAUUGUUUUCAUUUUAGAUAGGAAUAAAAUGUGCAUAAAAUUACAUUAUGUCGAAAAUUAUAAAAGUAAUUUUAAUUAGUAAAAAAAAAAAAAUAACGAGUAAAUGGUGCAAAUUAUAAUUUGUAUUUUAUAAAAUCAUAUUAAUGUAAUUAUCGUUUUUUUUUUUUUUUUUUGUUUUUUCAUAUCUAUAUGUUAUUGCAACAAUAAAAAAUAUUUAAAUAUUAAUAAAAAAUAAAAUAUUUUCAAUUUUAUAAUUUAAAAAAUCAGAUUAGGUAAAUAGAUUAAGGUUUUUUUUUUUUUUGUGAUUUUUAAGUGGGUUGUUCGGUUGCAUAUUUGCAUUACGAACUUUGAAUUGAAGUAUUGGGUGCAUAAUUAAACUUUUUGACAAACGUCUGUGACGAGUAAAAGUUCUAUGUAGAAAAGGAAAGAAAAAAAAAAUGUAAUUAUAAUUCGAAAAGUACAAAUUCAAAUGACGAUUAUUAUUCAAGCGAAUUGAGCGAGA